UCGUCAGUACUAGUUUGCUUCUGUUGUUGGAAAGACGUUGUCUUUCUUGUUGAUUUCGCGUAUUUAUUUUGCCAACGAAAAUGUCUCUAGAAUCUAGCGAAAACAAACUUGUAACUACCGACAACGAUAAACAAGUAUGUCGACUUUGUUUGAGCGUAGAUGGCCUGAACGGUAUAUUCGAACAACCGGAUGUUCAAUACUGGAUCAAAAAUUAUCUUUCAAUCACGGUUUCCGAAGCGGAUACCGUCAGUCAGUUGAUCUGUACCGAUUGCCGAACACGGCUCGAGGAGUUCCAUGGAUUCAGGCAACGCUGUGUGGAUGCUCAAAGCGAACUGUGCGGGAACGUGUCCAUCCGAUUGGAGUGCGAUGUUUGCGCCAAGGUGUUCCCAGUUAAACGACUGUUGAUGAAACAUAAAAAGUUGCAUGGAUUGAAAAAGCACAAAUGCGAUAUUUGUGGGGCAAACUUUCGACAACGUUAUCGUUUGGCCCAGCACAUAAAGAUUCAUGAUAGACUUCUUAGAACUGGUACAGAUGAUCAGGCAAAGGAAAUGCUCAAUCGAUCUGAAACAAAUAGUACGGAUGAUGAGCAGCCAAAGGAAAUACCUGAGCGACCUGAGGAUGAUCUUGAUUCUCGGAGUACUUCCGACAACCCCGGAAGUCGAAUACUAGAGUGCGAAAAAUGCGAUAAAAAGUUCAAAGUGAAGAAACAACUGGUGGAACAUCUCAAGGUGCACACACGAAAAAGUCAACCGUGUACUGUUUGUGGCAAAUCUUUCACAUCAACGAAACGGCUAGAUGACCAUAUGCUGGUACAUAAAUCAAUUACAUCCAGUAAAAGCGAAAUGGCCAUUUCAGAGCUAGAACACAAAUCCACAGUACAGAGUACAGAAGUACAGAAAAUGCAGGAGGAAUUCCCGACGGCAGAACAAACGGCAGAAACGGAAAGUCUAUUGAAGGCAAAGGACAGCAAAGCAGAGAUUCAGACGCACGUGGAGGCUGAAGUACCAAGCAGUUCACAUUCAGCCAUACCCGAAGAUGAUCGAAUUCCCAGAAACAGUACAAAUGACAUGCCACAGGAAGUCCACAAUCCAUCUGAGAAGGAGCAUGAUCCGCAGAAUGCUUCCGACACCAGAACAAGCGUCGAUCAGGUUAAUCCGCGGCCCAGUGAUACAACGCUCGAGUGUGAAAAGUGCCACAAGAAGUUCAAAAUGAGAAGACAAAAGAUGGAUCACCUUAGGCUGGUUCACGCUUCAAAAAAUCAUAAGUGUAAUCAUUGCGACAGCUCAUUUGUAUCAAAGCAACGGCUUACUAAGCAUAUGAUUGUUCAUGAUACAUCUACCAACAUCAACAAAGAUUUUUCAGAGCCAGAAGACACAUACACAGAAUACGACCGGAUGAGUAGAAUAAUUGUUUUUGAAAAAAAGGAAUGUCCACUGUGCAAUCGAAUGAUUAAACUACCAUUCUUGGAAGGUCACUUGAACAGACAUAAAGGUGUUCAACCAUUUGAAUGCAAAAUGGGUUGCAUGGAGAAAUUUCGUUGCAAGAUCGAGAGAAACACUCACUAUCGUGACGUUCACGGGUGGAAGGCACAUAGGUGCGACUUUUGCCAGCAGUACUUCCAUUCCCAUAGGAGCUGUAUACUGCACAAAGCCAAAGUUCAUUCAUCGGGCUUCAAGUGCCAAGAAUGUUUUACAGCGUUUGCGUCGCGUUCCGGGCUGCACAGACACAUGCUGUCUACGAAACAUUCAAAUGACAACUCAAGAAUACAGGUAGCGCAGGUAGAACCCAAGGCGGAAGAAUCGAAAAGUUCAUUCGAAGCAGCGGACAUCAAAAUAGAUGAACUACCAAUCAGUUCACUUCAACCGAAGGAAGUACACAUUCCAUCUAAAGAGGAGCACAACCCCCAGAAUGCUUCCGAACCCAAACCAUGUGUCGAUCAAGUCGACACAAAAGUUAUUCAAUAUUUUCAAUGCAAAAUUGGUUGCGUGGAGAAAUUUCGUAGCAAGUUUCGGAGAAACGUUCACUAUUGUGACGUUCACGAGUGGAAGGCACACCAGUGCGAAAUUUGCCUUCAGCGCUUCCCUUCCCAUAGGAGCUAUGUAAUGCACAAGGCCAAAGUUCAUUCAUCAGGUUACAGGAGCCAAAACUGUCCCACAGUGUUUGCGUCGCGUUCAGGGCUGCACAGACACAGGCGGAAUGCGGAAUACACAAAAGGCAUUUGUGGAAUAGACAUAGCGCCGGAAGAACCCCAGGUGAACAAACCAACGGCAGAAUCGGAAACCCUAUUAAAAGCAAAGGACAUCAAAGCAGAGAUCGAGACGGAUGAGGAUUCUGAGCUACCACUCAGUUCAUGGCUCCACAAACAGAACUCAGGAGCACAGAUAGCUCAAAUAGAGUCGCAGGCGACAGAACAAACGGAAGAGCCGGAAAGCCUAUUCGAGGCAGAGGACAUCAAAGUAGAGGUUGAGACGGACGAGGAGGCUGAACUUCGAAACAGUUCACAUUCAGCCAAGGACAUGAACACUGAUGAUAAAAUUUUCAGAAACAACAGUAUGAUUGAUAAGCCGAAGGAAAUACACAAUCAAGCGAUGGGAGAGCACAAUCCUGAAAAUUCUUCCAAACCCAAAGCAUGUGUUGAUCAGGUCGAUCCCAGUGAUCCAACCAAUGAGUGCGAAAAGUGUGGUAAACAGUUCAAAUGGAGAAGACAACUGAUGGAUCAUCGUAGGCUAGUGCACGCUGCACGGGAUCACAAAUGUACACUUUGUGAGAAAUUAUUUUUAUCAAAGAAGAAACUGGAUGCUCAUAUGUAUGUGCAUAAAUUAUUGCCAGCCACUGAAGCCGAUAUGGACAUUUCAGAGCCAGAACAAACGCACGAAGUAUAUGAUUCGGAAAAAAGAGGCUAUGUUGUUACAAAAAAGGCCUGUCUAGUGUGCAAUCGAAAGAUUAAACUAGCAUUCAUGGAAGGUCAUUUGUACAGACAUAAAGGUGUUAAACCUUUUAAAUGCAAAAUGGGCUGCACGGAAAAAUUUUAUUGCAAGUUUAAGAGAAAAAGUCACUACCAUAAAGCACACGGAUGGAAAUCAUAUAAGUGCGACAUUUGCCAGCAGUAUUUCCCUUCGCAUAGGAGCUGCAUACUACACAAAGCCAAAGCCCAUUCAUUUGGCUUUAAAUGCCUGGAGUGCCUUGCAGUGUUUGCGUCGAGUUCAGGGCUGUACCGGCACAUGAGAAAUACGAAACACUCGAACGGCGACUCAGGAAUACAGUUAAUGCAGAUGGAGGACCUCGCCACAGAACAAGCGGCAGAAGCGGAAAGCCUAUUCGAGGCAGAGGACAUCAAACUAGAGAUAGAGACGGACGAGGAAGCUGAGAUACCGAGCAGUUUACAGUUAUCUUCGCACAUUGACAAGUCAUACGGUCUAUCCGAGGAUACAACCAGUCAAGAUUUGAUGAAAGCAUUCGACAUUAAGGGUAUUUCAUCAAGUGGUCUACCGGUAGACUGCAAUGUGUGCGAUAAAGUAUUUAAAUCAAGAAAACAUUUGCUGGAUCAUCGCCGGCAAGUGCACUACCCAAAACCUUACAAAUGCACUGAAUGUGACAAAGCAUAUGUAUCAAGAAGCCUUUUAGAUAGACACAUGCCUUCGCACCCAGGAUUUAGAUCACAUAUAAUCGUAAUACAAUCGGAAGUUUCAGGAAGCUUAAAACCAACAUCUGACGCGGUGUACGAUCCGAAAACAAAACAGUACAAGACAAAGCUAUGUUCCUCAUGUAAACGACGAAUCAGACUGAAUCUGUUCGAUGGUCAUCUAAACAGGCAUAAAGGAAUUCAACCUUACGCAUGCGAAAUGGGCUGUGCGGAGCAGUUUCAUUGCAAGAUUAGGAGAAAACGGCACUACCAUGUCGACCACGGAUGGAAAGCCUACCAAUGUGACGUUUGCUAUCAGUACUUCCCUUCCAUCAGGUCCUGUAUGACACACAAAAGAAAGUUUCACGUGCGGGACCACGUGUGUCAGGAAUGUCAUGAAACGUUUCCGACGAGUUCUGGAUUCAAGAAGCACAUAGCGAAAACGAAACAUAAACAAAACAACGAGAACACACAGACAGUGGAGGUGGAACCCGAGGACGCAGGACAACUGGAAACACCGGAAGGAUUAUCCGAGGCAGAUCUGAUUCUCGAGGAUAUUAAGCUAGAGGUUUUGACGGAACAGGAAGUUGAAUUACUAAGGAGUAAUGGAGAAGACUUAUGCCUAGGAAAUAAUAGUUAGUAGUUAUGUCAUUUUGUGAUAUGAAAAGUACUUAAAUUCGUGUACAUAUACCUAUCAAUAGAAACAAAAUAAAGAUACAUUGAAUGUUGAA